AGAGGGGUUAUGUCUGUAAACGAUAUGAAGAGAAAGCAUAAAAACCGCAAUAGUGGCGGUAAUUGAAACUUUAAGCCUAUAAACACGUACUACGGCUUUCUUGUCACGCUGGCAGUGCUAACGCCAUCACGAAAGUCGAAAUUGUAGCUUAACGCAAUAAAUGAGUUUCUUUGAAAAGGCCCUUAUUAUCAUAUGUUGUUCGCCAUUGUUUUAGCAGUACAGGUGCAUUUACAGGAAAGUCUAGGCCUUUAUCUCAAUGCAACAGUUAUAGAAUGAUUCAAUGAAACAUUGCCUGUGCGAUUGCUUAGGUGUCAGUUUUAUCAACGUAUUAGGAAAAGACCUUCCAAUUGAUUAACCCUUGAAAAUAUGUCAUAGAUUACUUUAUGCAAUCUAAGUUGACUAUAAAAACGGGCUCUUGGUGUAAAUUCAUCGGUUGCUUUGGCCUUUUAUUUUUAUUAAGUUGCCAUUGAAACCAUGAAAGUAUUGUUCGUGUCGUGUCUUGCAUUUACAGCUUUAGCGGGAUUCACAGUCGCUGUGGAAUUUCCGAACGAUCUUUAUUAUCAUCAUCACCCAAAUGAAUUCAACGGCGCGACCAAUAAGUUGCAAAAUUACAAUGGACAAAACCUUCAACCACCAGUAUCCUCUCGUUUCAAGGAGCCACCAAAGAAGAGACCAGUGAAUAGAAUCAAUUUUUCAGAACCUGUUUCGAAGCUUAAGUACAAUGAAGAUGGAAGUAUUGAUUGGUCAAAUAAGCUAGCUGAUGCUGGUAAAGAUAGUGGUGUUUCUGCUCAAAAUUACAGACCUCCUAGUCAACCACUCUCCGUGGACGACUCUGAUGAUGCCUCACAAAAUUGGAUGCCUUCAUCUCCUGCUAAUAAUGCUGGUGCUUCUCAAAGUAUGGCUGCUCCUGUUGCUGUUGCUUACUCACCUGAGCGUCAACUUACGGACGGUGAUCCUUACCAAAACAACAACGGUGAUGCCCACUAUGGUAAUCAAGUCGGCCAACCUGUUUCCGCUAAUGAUUUUCAACAGGAAAGUGGACAGUCGGCAUCUUCACGCCCAAAGAGCGACGACAAUGCUGCAGUUAAUAAAAUAGCAGCCUCCUUAGAUCAAGGACACGAAGAGCCUAUUAUGGGGUUUAUGAACGGCGUGCAUUUGGCUAGUGCUGCUGCCUCCCCCUUACGUCUUGCUACAGAUGCUUCUGCUGGCUCUACCGAUGGUUAUAUACGUGGUAUGGGCAGUUAUUAUGAUUUGGAAACUCUUCAUGCAAGCUGUGGCAUCAGCGCUAAGAACUCGGAUAUGGUGGUGGCUGUCAAUUCAAAAGAUUUGGGUGAUGUUAAAGGGAAAGAAAAUCCGCACUGUGGUAAACAGGUAGAUAUUAUUGGUGCUAGUGGGAAGACAAUACGUGUUACGGUUAUUGGCGAAUGUAGGUCUUGUACGCCCGGUGGUCUUGAUAUGAGCCCUGAAGCUUUCAAAGAACUCGGCGACUUUAGCCAUGGUGCAAUUCCUGUCAAAUGGAAGUUCAUCGAUUAAGAAAGGUUCAGAAAAGAUAAUUGAUGUUCUUGUCUUUACUUAUCUUGGUGUUUCAAAACCCG